GCCCUUCGCCAUACUGAAGUCGCCAUGUUGCGGACAGUGAAGCCCAAAAAUGCCCGCUCAAAACGAGCGUUGGACGCACGAGAACCGAAGGAGGUCGAGGACGCAAGGACGGCGAUCUUCGUCAAAGGUUCACAUAGUGGAGAGAAAGUCAAUAAUGUUAUGAAGGAUUUGAUGGCUCUGAAAAGACCGAAUGCUAUCUCGUUUUCGAAGAAGAACGUCGUUCGGCCGUUCGAGGAUGCAUCCUCUCUUGACUUCUGGUCUCAGAAAAAUGAUGCAGGCCUCUUCAUUGUUGGUCAAAGCACCAAGAAGCGACCGGAUGGACUAGUAUUCGUGAGGAUGUUCGAUAACCGGGUGCUGGAUAUGUGCGAGAUCGGUGUAGAAGGUUAUCAAGCUAUGAGUGAAUUCAAGACUCCGAAAUCUACACCCGGUCACAAACCACUCAUGCACUUUGCAUCUGAGUUGUUUGAUACCCAUCCUCGCUUUCAACAACUGAAGUCAAUGCUUAUGGAUUUCUUCAACGGUGAAGAGAUCGACUCAAUAUGUCUCCCGGGUAUCGAGCAUGUCAUUAGUGUCACACUCGCUCCUACACCUUCUUCACUCAAUUCCGCAACGACCAGACUAGACCCAUCCUCGUCCAAAAACGAAGACGACACGAAAUCUCUACCAAAAAUCCAUAUACGGACAUACACAAUUAAACUUCUUGCAUCCGGUACACGUAUUCCACGAGUGGAGUUGGUUCCUAUGGGCCCUUCAUUGGACCUUGUGCUGCGCCGACACCAAGAUCCGGACGCAGAGGUGCUAAAACAGGCGAUGAGACGGCCCAAGCUGAAGAAGCAAGAUGUGGAGAAGGGACUUGGGAAGAAGAGGAAGAAUAUGGAGGUGGACGAGAUGGGAGAUCUUCGGGGAAGGAUCCAUGUGGCGAAGCAGGACCUGGGCAGACUCCAGACUCGAAAGAUGAAGGGGUUGAAGGCUGGGCAAAGCGAGGAUGUGAAUAUGUCGGACGCAGAAGAGGACGGGAGGUCGACAAAACGACAAAAGAGUGGUUGAAUGUGUUGUACUCGCUGUACUUAUGUUUAUUUUGAGGGCAUAUGGGAUUGUCACAGGUGACCAGUCAUGGGAAUGGAGAUGAUUAGAUAAGCAAAGAAUUGGAUCAAUGAAGCACUGUGCCAGCAUCUCUUCAGCAGUUCCCACUUCUCUCGCUGC